AUGUCGACCAUUGUGGAUGAACUGCCAGCCGACAGUGGCUUUGCUGGCAGUAGGCGACAGGGCCCAUGGCUUCUUCCUUCGAACCGCAAGUUGAGGCAUCUACAAGGCAUUGCCGUUCGCAACCUUGUAGUCUCUGCUCCUUUGGUGAAUAGGGCCCGGGGAAUAACAAUAGACGAUCAGAGUGUCCCUUAUACUCUGCAAUCUCCAGCAAAAGCCCUCGUGGGGCGAGAGGGUCGGACCGUUCAGCAUUCGCGAUCUACAACUGAUCUCAAGCAAACUCGGUCUCCCCCCAGUUUGAAAUUUACGGCCAGUGAAAAUGGGAGUGAAAGCAAAGAAGAGAUCUAUAUGCGGCGGAGGCGAAGUACGCUACCGUGGGCCGGAGCUAAUCCUGGAGUACGGCAGUCCAGGCUAGAGGAGAUUGUCCGCAGUAAGAUGACCGACAGCUGGUUUUCACUGCAUUGUGAGGGCAUUCCGGAGCCUGUUUAUAUCAGCGAACUUGUUGAAAAUGCCUUGAAUCCCAGUUUCAAAUAUUUCGAUCUGAAUAUCUGCGGUCCGGUGGUGUCACGGCUAGACGAAGCUACGGUGAAGCUUUGGACUCGGACGAGCCAGAUGCCAGAUUACUCAUUGUUAUUGGAACUCCAUGUGAACUUCAAAUCCUUACAAUAUAUUGGGAAGCAUCUGGAGAACUUUCGACAACCCUUUCCACCAAACUGCGUUAUCUUUCAUUUUACGGACGGCAUAUAUGCCAGCCUGACCGACGUACCUCCGAAUGAACGCCUCGUACCCACUCAAACCCAGACAGGGGAGCCUUCAAGAGGCGAACAGCAACAGACGUCAUCAUACGACGCUCUGAUGAGGUUGGCAAACUUUGACGACUGUAUACAAGACGCUUUGGUAACCAGAGAGAAGCUCGAGGCCCAGAUUAACUCCAUUCUUGAAGAGAAUCAGGCGCAGCUUGAGGUGUCAAGUCGUAACUCGGAGGCCCUAGAGAGGCUCUCAGCCGUCAGACGCGCAGUCACCGGAGAGAAGAGCCGUCUUCGACAAUCGUUAGGACAAAAGGACAGUAUGGUCAAGAGCUUGAAAGCACGGAGGCAAGCUAUGGCAGAAGGGCGUCUCAGCCAAGACAAUAGCUUAAUUUACCUAUCUGAAGCCCAGGAGGCAAAAGAUUCCAGCCAAACCCUGUUGAAGAAAGCAGCUGAAGACUCGAUGGGGCAAAUACGCCGGAUUUGUGAAGACUUGCUUUCAACGUAUCCUAUCGAACCCAUUCCAAACACGCCUCUGGGAUUCACGAUACGGGGUCUGGCUCUCCCGAACUCCUGCUUUGACGACAUUGACAGGGAAGCAGUUGCGGGGGCGUUGGGGUAUACGGCACACGUGGUGUAUCUCCUUUCGUUUUAUCUUUCAGUGCCUCUUCCCUACCCUGUCAGGCCAUAUCUCUCGACCUCGAGCAUCCAAGACCCCAUAUCAGUAGGUCUUGCUCAACGGACAUUUCCGUUAUAUCCGACAAACACGCAGUUCAGAUUUGAAUACGGAGUAUUCCUCCUGAACAAAAACAUAGAAUACCUGAUGAACCGGCUGGGGUUGAGGGUUCUUGAUAUCCGCCAAACGCUUCCCAACCUCAAGUAUCUAUUGUAUAUGCUGACGGCUGGGACGAAUGAGCUUCCUGCGAGAAAAGUGGGCGGCAUUCGCGGUCUGCUGGUUGGACGGAUGACACCCAACUUAUCUCGACAGGUAAGCCGUGAUAGUCUGGCAAGCAUCGAUACGGCGACAGUGGCACUUCGUCAGAAAAAGAUUCCGCUACCUGCCAAUAACUAUCCUCCCUCACAAUCUCACCACCCUCACCCUCCUUCUCAUCCCAACGCUCCUCCAGCGAUAUCAGCUUCCAAAUACAACUUCAUCUCCGCUUCUGCUGCCAAGCCAAGCAUCGGCCCCAUGCAGAAAAACCUGGGGACGACAGCACAGAACGACCAGGUUGCUGCAUCGAUGACCGUCGCCACACCCGCCAUCACCAGUAAUGAACGGAAUAGUGAUAUUUUCAUUAGUCAGAAAGAUAAGGCGCAGAGGGGGCAUAACAGCGAGAACCUUGCGCAUGCAGAUCAGGGUGGGAUCCAAAGUUCCGUUUGA